UAGCAAACAAUUUUGUAGUAACUUUUUACUUUCCUUUCUCCCUACUAUCCAGUGUGCUUUUUCUCUUUGGCAAUAUACCACUCUGUUUUGCCGGUGCGCCCCCCCUUUUUUACUCUCCUAUUUUACAAACACACGACAAAUCUCCGAGCUGUCAAAGAUUCCAUCUUUUAUUGUCUCUGUUUCUUCUUCUUCUUCCCCAUUUGUUCCUCAAACCUCAAAUUCUCACAAACCCCACUUUCAUUUUUUUAUUAACCAACAAUCAUUCUCCAUCUUGUUUAUUUUUUUAAAUUAAUAAUGGGGUGCACCAGUUCCAAGAUUGAUGAUUUGCCGGCGGUUGCUCUCUGCCGUGAACGUUGCUCAUUCUUGGAUGAAGCUAUUCACUAUCGUUAUGCUCUUGCUGAAGCACAUCUUGCUUAUCUUCACUCACUUAAAACUGUUGGAAUCUCUGUUCAGCAUUUUUUCAAAGAAAAUGUUGAAAUUUCUCAUUCCCCUGUUUUUGUUAAAGGUGACCCACCACCCCCUGAACCUCCCAAGAAAAUGAUUCCUCCUCCUUCUGCUCCUCCUCCUGUGGAUUCUCAUUCUAGUUCUGGUUCACAUCUUCAUUUUCAUUCUGAUUCUGAUUCUGAUGAAGGGUCUGGGACUGAUUCAUUACAUCAUCAUCAUUUAGAUGGUACUUCCGUACCGUUUCAUCAGUUUAGUUAUGGGGAUCAUGAAAUGCUUGGUUUUGGUGCUUCUUAUCCAGUUGGGGGAAAUGGGGGUGGGUUUAUGCAUAUGAAUUUCAUGAGGAAUCAAACGACGCCGUCUGUAACCUAUGAACAACGGCCGGUGACUGUUCAGAUGAGUGAAUCCUUUUCUUCUUCUUCUUACUACCCUUAUCCUUAUGCUACUAACUAUCCGGAUUAUGCCAAUUAUGGAGGGGGGUUUUAUCCCUCAUCCACAACGCCGGAAGCGGCGGUGGCCGGGAUGUCAUUGGCUCCUUCAAGUUCAAAACCGCCUCCCCCUCCGCCGUCUCCUCCGAGGAGUUCGCCUUGGGAAUUUUUGAAUCUUUUUAAGACGCUUGAGAGUUAUCCAGUGUACCCACCAAGCAGAGACUCGAGAGAGGUGAGAGAAGAGGAGGGUAUACCUGAUUUGGAAGAUGUGGAUUUUGAACAUGAGGCUGUUAAGGAAGUUCAUGAGGAUCAAAGGUUUGUAGAUGAGGCUGCAACUGCAAGUGGAAGUUAUUCAAAGGCAGUUGAGGAGAAUGAGAAGGCAGCUGAUUCAGAGUCCAUACACCACCACUCAAGAACAAGUUCAUCUGUGGAGGAUGACCCGAUUGAGUAUGAGGUACACGUCGUGGAUAAGAAAGUGGUUGAUGAUGCGAAUCGGGGAAAUGUAGCUGGUUCCAAGGGUCGUAGUUUCAAUAGUGAUUCUGAUGUGGUGAAGGAGAUUCAAGUUCAAUUUGAGAGAGCUUCUGAAUCAGGGAAUGAGCUUGCUAAGAUGCUUGAAGUUGGAAAACUUCCCCACAAUCGUAAGCACGCGACAUAUCAAGGGAUAGUUUCUUCCAAGAUGUUGCACGCGAUUACCCCUUCCUCGGCUGUACUCUCGCUACCGUCUACUUUAAAGAACGAUGCGAUUGAGAUUGCUGAUCAUGCCAUUUUAGAUGUAGAAGGAGAUAUUAGUUCAAGAGCUAGAAACAUUUCUUCCACAUUGCAGAAGCUGUACCUCUGGGAGAAGAAACUGUCUGAGGAGGUCAAGGCGGAGGAGAAGAUAAGGGUGCUUCAUGAAAGGAAAAGUCAAAAGCUGAAGCAAUUAAUUGAAAAGGGGGCUGAUUCUGACAAGAUUGACAUGACCAGAAAAUUGGUUAUAAGUCUCUCCUCAAAGAUUAGAAUUGCAAUUCAGGUAGUUGAUAAGGUUUCUGAGAAGAUAAACAAAUUGAGGGAUGAAGAGUUGUGGCCACAACUGAACGAACUUAUUCAGGGGUUAUGUAGAAUGUGGAGAUCCAUGCUUGAGUGCCAUCGCUUCCAAUCCGUAGCCAUUGGAGAAGCAAAACGGUUAGAUGCAAUUGCAUCUCACAAACACUUCAGUGAUGCUCGUCUUGAAGCUACUCUGCAACUUGAGCAUGAGCUUUUGAACUGGACUUUGAGUUUCUCUUGUUGGGUGACUGCACAGAAGGGCUAUGUGAGGGCAUUGAACAGUUGGCUUAUGAAGUGUCUUCUAUAUGUACCGGAAGAAACAGACGAUGGAAUAGCUCCCUUUUCUCCUGGCAGGAUUGGUGCUCCCCCUAUUUUUGUCAUUUGUAAUCAUUGGUCACAAGCAUUUGAAAGGGUCUCGGAAAAAGAGGUGGUUGAUUGUAUGCGAGAUUUUGCUACAAAUGUGCUUCAGCUGUGGGAGCGAGAUAAGCUGGAAUUACGCCAAAAGAUGAUGGUGAACAAGGAUAUGGAGCGACAAGUGAAGAACCUGGAUAGGGAAGACCAGAAGAUACAAAAGGGGAUUCAUGCACUAGACAAAAGAAUCGUUCUGGUUUCUGGAGAGGAAAAUAGUCUUUCAUUGAAUAGGAAUGUUGUUUACCAGAGUGAGACUAGCAAAAACAGUAGCUUUCAGGUUGGUCUACAACGUAUAUUCGAGGCCAUGGAAAGGUUUACUGCUAACUCCUUGAAGGUAUACGAGGAGCUUUUGCAACGUAUCGAGGAGGAUAGACUUCCUAGAGAGCCUGAAGCUGUGUCGUAGUAUUGCUUUCCUUUUUCGGGGGGACCGUUUAUGCUUGUUCUCUAAAUUAGAAGUUACAGAGAUUGUAGUUUAGGGGACAAAGGGAAACCUUUGCUGUAAAGAUAGAGAAACUAAGUUAAACAGCGAUAUGCCUUUUGAGUCAUUGCAACUGAAACUUUUUGCAAUGCUGAGAUCGGAUAUUCUUGAACCUUCAAUUUUAGCCAUCAACUGUUUUGAGAUGCCAGCUGAAA